AUGAGAUUAACAUCAAAAUCUACAUUGGAUGGUAUCAAGACGGGUUAUCUACCACGGAAGCUGACUUCAAUUGAUAAUCCAGAGCCGUUGGUAGGUGCACGGCCCCCAACUCCUCUAUCAUUAUAUCGCAACAACAAAAAACUCAAUGUAACCGAUAUUUCCACAAAGUACUGCGAAUUGCUUGAUUUCUAUGAUCUUCGAAGUGGUAAGAAAGUAGAAACUGCGGCAAUGGCUGCCGGAACAGUGGUACAUUUAGCUCUUGAAAAAGAAGCAGAGAAGCAUCUGGUUAAAGUUACACUGCCUGACACAUUAAAAUUAUCAAGAGAGGAAGAAAUGGCGAAAAAGUUUCUUGAUCUUAUUGCUCGACUAAAUGCGAUGCUGGCUGGACAUGCGGUGAGAGAAUUCUACACCUUUGGCCUUGUGGAUGACUGUCUGAUUACUGGCUAUAUUGAUGAGCUUGGACGGGGUCCAGAUAAUAGUUUAAUUAUAUCAGAUACAAAAUCACGAGUCAAAGGCACUCUUCCGCCAGUCUCACAGAGACUAUCUGCAUAUCACCAGCUAUUGGUGUACCAUAAGCUUUUGCUGUCGAUGCUGCAUGACAGUGAACUUGCCCAAUCACUUCCUCGUCUUUAUGAAGCAUUUGAAGUUGAUCCAAACAGGCCCUUUUCAAAUGAAUUUGUCAUUGCUCUUGAGAACAAGUAUUCAUCCUUGAGUCUAAUAGAAUCAAGGCUUAGAGAACUCCUGCAUAAGGUAGCAUUUAAGCUUAACGUUUCGGAUGAGAUUCAGGUAUCUUAUCGCAGGUCUACAGGUACAAAUGCUGGUGCAUUAAUUGACACAUGUCGGUAUAUUUAUGACGAACAGGCAUUUCAAGAAUUGAAAGAGUUCUCACUUCAAUUCUGGCGAGGCGAAAGAGACGCCAUUGGAGUCGACCCAGCAGAGCGCAAUAAAUGUCGUACUUGUCAAUGGUUUGACCGCUGCGAGUGGCGUGCUACUAUGGAUGCUGCCAUGCUUUAG